AUGCGCUCGCUUAUCAAGGGCCAUCGACGCUCCGACUCGUCGACUUCUGAUUCCCAGAAUGGGCACCCUGACUACCAGUCCAAGGCCUACUACCGUUAUAACAAAACGCCCCAAGCGUCUCCCAAAGUUGGUUCAAGCGCUCUGAAUGUACCACAUAUGACUCCUCCACAACAUCAUGGGUACCUGGGUUCUCAGCUGACCUUGUCCUCCCCUAAGAAGCUCCUCACGCCUAUCAAGAAGAUGUUCGGCCACCAUUCCCACUCAUCCAAGCAUAAUGCCCCAACUAGCGGUGAUGUUCUUCAUUCUGCUUUAGUUUCUGACGGUCCUCCUUCCAGUAAACAUGUUCCUACUUUGCAUUCUCCACGGUCCAUGAGUAACCUCAAUGAACUAUCACCACGCCAGAAUGUGGGCCAUCCAGGCUCAUCAAGGCCUGGGCUUCAUGGCUCCCAUGCUAGGCAUCUGUCGACGUCGUAUCUAGAAAGUCAGGCUCGAAUAGGCGCUGUGAAUCUUAACAACGGGCAGGUACCACAUUACUCUGGCUUUGGGUUAGGGAAACCAUUCGAGAGCUCGUCUUCUGUUGAUCUGGCCCCUGGCCAAGAGAGAAACAAGAUGCCUAUUAUUGCAGACACCUCUUUGGCACCAGUGAACGACUCCAUCUCUGGAAAUCAUGGAGAUAGUGACUCCAAUAUCUCGAUUGCAAAGUCCAUCAACUUCCUGGCGAAGCAGGCUUCAUCCCAGGAGAAUUUGGCAGACGGUUCGAGUAAGGUUGCAACUGACGACUUCUACGAUGAUGACGACGAUGAACUGAGUGAUGAUGACUCGGAUAAUUCAUCUCAAUUCUCUUUUGUUAAGGACAUUAGAGGUGGAAGAAACACAUCGGUGAAGUACUACAAGACAAAGUCCUCUAGUUCAAGAAAAUUGCCAGAUGGAGUUCAGCUGAACACAUUUGAUGUUGAUGACUUUGGGUACGAAGAAGAGGGCCUUUCCGACUACGACUUUGAGAAUAAUGGACUUGAUGAAGAGGAAGAUUGCGAAGAGUUCGAGAAUAAGUAUAUUGACUUUGAUGGCCCGUAUCCUGAGGAUGAAGGGCACCCAGAGAAGUACGAAGACAUGUUGGAUGAGAAUGAUAUGCGUCGAGCCCUUCUGCCGCCUCCUGUUUUCCCGAGUCAGCCUUUAAGUGCCAACAGCACUAAUUCCUUGACUGAUGAACCUGAACUCGACGACAAAAGGGCCGAUACCUCUGAGAAUUUCAUCACUGCCAAUCUGUCACAUAACUUUCUGACCCCUCAACCGGAAGAUAACUCAUAUCGUGAUGAUUUCUUGGAAUCUUAUAUGGACAGCACUAAGCUGCCUGGGUCUGAUCUUCAUAUCACACCUCAGCAGCUCUCUCUACCACAUCUACCUGGAGUAGUCGGUUCAGAGACGCUGUCGCCUUUGAUCAAUGGCGUGACAUUUGGUAACUUGGACGCUUUCAAGGAUCGCCAAGGUGUUUCUGAGUCUAGAAAUGUUCCACUGAUUGGUUUAUCGCCGCCCAAGGAAAGCGUUGAGAGAAGCUUGGGUCUUGCAAUUGGCUCUUCGGAACCAGAUCAUUUUGAAGAGCCAAGGCGUAACCUGAUUAUGGAUUUACUAGGGUCAUUAGAAGGUGGCGAAGCCGUGACGCAAUCGAAGGAGCCAGCUGAAAUGGAACAACCAGUUGAAUUGGAGCAACCAGCCCAGGACAUUAGGACUUCGAUUCAAGAUAUUCAUCAGCUUUUAGCUGACCUUGAGGCUCGCCCGGAAGCUCAUUCUGAGACUCGUCCUGAAGCUCAUUCUGAGGUUCUUUCUGAGGCUGUUCCACAAGAAGAAGCUCGUCCACAUGAAGAGACUCGUCUGCAAGAAACGAGACGGGAUCUGAUAAUCAACAUGAUGGACACACUCGCCCUGUUGGCAAACUCCACCGAGCCAGUGCCUGUGGAGCAGAAGAAGGAUUAUCGUAAGUCUGUUGCUGAAAUGAUGAAUACACUCGCAGCUCUUGAUCUCCAGAAUGCUAGUGUUGAAAACGAAAUUCCUCCUUCAACUAAACGUUCUUUGUCGGCUCGUACAGCGCAUAAUGAUCAUGAUGUUUCUACGCAAUCAAAUACUUAUAACGAGGAGAACUCCACGGAAAGUGCUCAUGUUUAUCAUCUUGAUGAGGAUAUGCUUUUUGAGUGCAAUCAAUUACCUGAAGACUACGACUUUGAGCAGUAUCAAAAUCAAGUUGCCCUGGAGGGCUUGUCGGAUUUCUACCGUUCUAAUUCUUAUAGCAAGAAGCCCACGAAAGUUGUCCAAGACAAUCUGUUCAGGAGCAACAAAAUUGAAACGCCGCAAAGAACUGUUACUUUCUACAGAAGUAAUAGCCUCGGCAACUCGGAGAACUCAAACUCUGGUAGUUUGAGCCGGAACGGUACGGUUUAUUCUGCUACUUCCUUCACGUCAGGUGAAGAAGAACACCUCGGUGAUACGGAGAAGUUCCGCCAAAAAUCGCUACCUUAUGCAUUGAACCCAAAUUUUCAAUUGAAUGAAAAAAGCUCUGAUUGCCUUAGCCACAAAUCAUUCAAUCUCGAACCUAUCACUGAAAGUGAUAGUCCGCAUUUAAGGUGA